CAAACACUCUUGCCCAUUCCCAACAGUCCCAAUGUAUCCAUUAACAUUAACCAUUCUCUUACUACUCCUUGGAUGUGUAUGGACAUUCAUACACAUCCUAUUACGCCCAAAAAAUGAGCGUAAACUCCCACCAGGUCCUUGGGCCUUACCAAUUAUCGGUAACCUUCACAUGCUAGGUGACCUCCCACACCUUACCCUCCAAAGCUUAGCAAAAAUACACGGACCUAUCAUGUCAUUGAGGCUUGGUCAUGUCCCAACUAUUGUGGUCUCAUCACCCCAAGCCGCAGAGCUAUUUUUAAAGACCCAUGAUACCAUUUUUGCUGGCAGACCUAAACUCCAAUUCUCUAAGUACAUGACUUAUGGUACCACGGGUUUGGGUUUGACCGAGUAUGGUCCAGAUUGGCGCAACGUUAGGAAAAUAUGUACGUUGCAACUUCUUACUGCUUCAAAAAUUGAGUCAUUUGCACCCAUGAGGAAGGCGGAGGUAGGAUCAUUGGUGCAGUCACUCAAAAACGCUGCGGUGGCGCACGAGGUUGUGGACCUUAGUAGAAAAGUUUGUGAUCUUAUCGAGGAAACCUCAUGUAGAAUGAUAUUUGGGCGAAGUAGAGAUGACAGAUUCGACUUGAAGGCGAUUAUUGAGGAGACCUUUCGCUUGGCGGGGGCUUUCAAUCUUGCAGAUUAUGUUCCUUACCUCGGGGCACUAGAUCUACAGGGAUUGACACGGCGAAUGAAGAAGGCUAGCAGGGCUCUAGAUAUAGUCUUAGAGAAUAUCAUCAAGGAGCAUGAAAACAUUCCAAGUGGUCAACAAGAUCGUCAAAUGGACUUUAUAGACACGUUACUUUCUUUGAUGAACCAACCCAUGAAUCCCCAUGAUGAGCAUGCAUACAUAUUGGAUCGAACAAAAAUAAAGGCCAUCACAGUAGACAUGAUUUCAGGGGCAUAUGACACUUCAGCUGCUACAAUUGAGUGGACCUUUUCUGAACUCUUGAGGCAUCCACGGGUGGUAAAGCAAGUACAAGCAGAGCUGGAACAUGUAGUAGGGAUGAAUAGGAUGGUGGAGGAGACAGAUUUGGAAAAUUUAACAUACUUGGAUAUGGUAGUGAAGGAAAGCUUAAGACUACAUCCUAUUGGACCAUUACUAGUCCCACAUGAAUCCAUGGAGGACAUUGAAUUAAAUGGAUAUUAUGUCCCCAAGAAAUCACGCAUAAUAAUAAAUUUUUGGGCUAUUGGACGAGAUCCUUAUGUGUGGUCUAAUAAUGUGGAAGAAUUCUAUCCUGAAAGAUUCAUAAAUAGUAAUAUAGACCUCAAGGGACGUGACUUCCAACUUAUCCCAUUUGGGUCUGGUCGAAGAGGGUGCCCUGGAAUACAUCUAGGUCUUACAACUGUCAAAUAUGUUCUAGCUCAAUUAUUGCAUUGCUUUCACUGGGACCUUCCAAGUGGCAUGUUGCCUAAUGACUUGGACAUGACUGAGAAGUUUGGGCUAUCAAUGCGGAGAGCCGAGCACUUGUAUGCUGUGCCAACUUAUCGCCUACUCAAUUAAAUAUGUAAUCCAAUUGCAAUAUAAUAAUUUUCGAAAAAAAAAAUUUACUUAUUAGAAGAAGUGUGCUCCUAGCAUUCAAGUUUAUGCUCGACCACUAAAUGUAAGGCCAAGAUUUUUAUUCUCA